GUGUAGGAAAACAACAACAGCUAGAAAAGCGCUGAGUGCAGAAGCGUUAGUGAGUUAGCAUAGCGGGCUAACGGGCACAGCGCUCAGUACAGAGAACAGCGGGGCUGCAGAGAGCUUUACCUGUGUCAGGAGUCUCAGACAGGAGGAAUACAGCCGUUUAAACCCGGUUACAGACCGCGGAACUGAGGUCUACAAGUGUUCGUUAGCAACAGAGCUAACGCCUAAGCUAACGGGUAACUAGUGUUUCUGAGCGCCGCUGCAGUUCGCGGUACAGCUCGGUUAGCCUAGCCUAGCUCAGCUCUGCUGUUCUACAGGAUUCUGAUAAUAUUUAAUAUUUUACAGCACUCUGCUCCAGCUGUAGUUCAGCUGCUGGAGGAGUAACCGUGCUAAUAUCGCAGUUAGCCCGCUGCCUAUGCUGUGUUCAGGUUAAUCAGAGCCCCAGAGCUCCAGCUGGGUCUGAAUGAAACCCAGAGUUUUAAUGACAAAUAUUAUUAAUCUACACCAGAACCCGGAGACAUGACCACCGAGACGUACGUGAAGGACAUCAAGCCCGGACUGAAGAACCUGAAUGUCAUCUUUAUUGUGCUGGAAACAGGGAGGGUCACCAAAACCAAAGAUGGGCACGAGGUUCGCACCUGCAAGGUGGCCGACAAGACGGGCAGCAUCAGCAUAUCGGUGUGGGAUGAGGUGGGGGGACUCAUCCAGACCGGUGACAUCAUCCGACUGACCAAAGGCUAUGCUUCAGUAUUUAAAGGCUGUCUGACGUUAUAUACAGGAAGAGGAGGAGAGCUGCAGAAGAUCGGAGAGUUCUGCAUGGUGUACUCUGAGGUGCCAAACUUCAGUGAGCCCAACCCAGAGUAUAUGGCACUGAUGAAUAAGACGGGGCUCAAUGACCAAGGAAACAACAUUAACAGCAGCGGAAACGGUUCAGGUGCUGCUGGUGCUGAUGCCACCAAUGGAAACGGAGUAAAUUCUCAACCUGCCAGCUCCACCAACGCGCAGUCCGGUGGGCGGGGGAGUGCCGGGAAUGGAAGCAGAGCGGCAGCAGGGAGCGCCGUUAGUAACGGGAAGGAGACGAGACGCUCGGCUAAAAGAUGAUCAGAGCACAGAGCUCCUCGUAUAUCAGGAGAUGGAGCAGCAUUGGGAGAUAAUGCGUUUCAGUAAAGACUCUCCGUCGUGCUCUGCUCAUCUCAUCACCCAGAUCGAAGGAGGAUCCAGGAAAUACUGAUUCUCACAACCAGAUAUUCCUUUACAUUUGAUGGAACACGGCAUGUUCAUCAUGUUAGCCAGAUAUGAACAUAUUCAGCACAUUGAAAAACAAAAUCUACUAUAAAAAUAUGACCUGUCCUACAGAAAUGGUUGGAAUUAUGAAGUGUUUAACUGAGGGAGUGCAAUCUAAACUGCUCUGUUGGUUCUUAUUAUCAGGAGGUUGCCAGUUCAGUUUCCCUCAACGCAAAACGCAAUUAUGUUGCCAGCCGUCUCAGAGGGCACAGUUGGCCUUGCUCAUUCACUCUAGUUGGGGGUGAGGGUUUAUAUAGUGCAAUUAUUUCAGUAGGCCUGUCUGAUAACCACAUUUGCUUGGACAAUAUAUUGUCCCAAAACAAUUUAUUAUUUAAAAAUUAAAUUUUAUAUCCUAAUUCUAUAUCCUAAGUAAAUUAAACAUGAAUGAAAUAUUUUAUUUGUAUUGAACAAAAAUAGACAAGACUGAGGACAUGUCCAUUUGUUGUACGAUAUAAGUCAAUUUCGUAAUUAUUGUGACAGGCCUACAUUUCAGAGCUGUAUGUAAUGGACGCUGUUAAACAAGUAAAACUUGUGAAAGAAAAAAAAAAACAAUUUCUUGUUUAAAUUUGAUCAAAAUUAAACUAUUUCAAUCUCAAUUCGAAAUGCUGUAUAGUCCAAUAGGACUAAUCCUUGUCUAUGACAAUGACUAAACCUAAUCUGGGACUAUACAGCAUUUUAAAUAGAGAUUCUCCAGUGAAAGAACAGAAUACAGUCCAGGAUUACGCUCAACUCCUAACCAGAAAAUGAACCCUAAGACAGUUAAAUGUAUCCUAAAGUGAUGGAUGAGGAGCGUCUAAGCAUGGCUGUUUUUAACUGUAUGAUUUUUGUGUGUAUUUGGAAUACAUGUGAGAAUGACUACUUUAAAUCAUAUGUUUAAAGUUUAAUUUGUCACCAGAAUAACCUUCAAAAAAAAAAAGCCAAAUAGUGCAUACAAAGAUUAUUGUCUUAAUUUGUACAGAGAUAAAAACAAAGGGCAAUAGUUUAAUGAGUUUUAAUUAGUCUGCUGUUGUUUCUGGUCAUGUUGAAUGUCCCAUGUAAGUAAAAAUCAUUUUGUAUAUGAA